AUGGGGGACAAAAACAAGAACAACAAAGCUCUAUGGGAAAAGGUGAACAGCAUCACAAACUGGGAAACUCGUCAGAAGUUCUCUUCCAAACCCUUCAAGCCUUGCUUUCUAGACAUGGUAGUAGUAUCAGAGAAUUCAGAGCAUGCACAACAGUUUUACAGUGAAGAAGAAUUGACUCAGAUCAAGGAAUUGAAAUCAAAGCUUGGAUUGGGAGAAGGAACUUCAAACACUACAGAGGAAAAUCAGAAUCAAAGGGUGAUCAGAGAAAGUGAUGAAGACAUGGUUGAUGAAGAAGAAGAGGAAGCAUCACCCAAAUCAAGAAUGAAGAUUUCUGUGCAAGAAUUGCCUGUAGAAUUCAGGAACCGGAUUGCAGAGCUGAAUGGUCAUGAUAUUCGAUUUCUGAUGAGCAAGAUAUUGAAGUCCAACAACAAUUGUCUGUCACUGCCAGAAAAGAGCAUCCAGUGUGAGUUCCUCACUGAAGAAGAGAAAGAAUGCAGUGGUGAAGGAGCUGGUAUGAAAGUGAGUUUGUUGGACCCGUGUCUCAGAGAAUACUCUAUAUUCUUGAAGAAGUGGGAGAUAAACAAUGACUUCUUCUACAAUUUGAUGGAAAAUUGGCACAAAGUUGUAUCUCACAAUAAGUUUGCAGAAGAUCAUCAACUCCAUAUUUGGUCUUUUAGGGUCAAGACCAAACUCUACUUUGUUCUCAACAGAGUCUGA